UGUUCAUAGUUUCACACUAAACCAGAAAGACAUAUCGACAAACAUGUUUCCGCAAAAGUUGAUUUCGAUCGUGGUGAUUGUUGUUGCUUUCAGCAUGAUUUCAGCCAUAGAAGGACUCACUAUAGAAGAGUUGCGUGCGCAAAUAAUACAGCAGCGACUUCAGGAACGCCUGGGAACGACAACAGCUAGCUCGGCAACAACAGCAGCAUCAGCGACAACAGCAGAAUCAGCGACAACCAGUGCAGCAGCCACAACAGCUGAAUCCGCUACAACUACUGCGGCGACCACAACUACUGCGGCGACCACAACUACUGAGGCGACCACAACUACUGAAUCUACAACAACUGCCGAUGCCACAACGACAGCUGGUUCUUCAACCACUGCCGACUCUGCAACGACUACUGAGUCUGCUUCCACUACGGCGAGCGAAGCGGAACUGAUACAACAAUAUCGGGAUCAGGUCCGCCAGGAGGCUAUCCAACGUGCCUUGCAGAGGGCGGCUGCACGAGGUUGA